AUGCUCAGCAAGUUCUGCCCCCUCCCCCGCCGCAGCCUCGUUCACCUACUCCCCCCUACUCCUUCCGUGCGCGAGAGCUCCCCCAUUCAAAUAGCUAUGCCCGUGGGUCGGGAAGCGGCCGAGGAAGUGGCUGAUGCCCAUGAAGAAUUGAACUCGCCGCCUCCCGCCAUGCCCAUCCAAAGUCUCCAGGAGGUCGUUCCAGACGAGCGGGAUCUGGAAGACGAUACUCAUGAUAUCGGUCGUGCCGCCGCAGAGGCCGCCGCAGAGGCCGCUGCUGAGCCGACUGUUGCUGGCCAGUCGCACGGCGGCAUUCGCGCUCUGGUGCAGUAUGACUAUGAGAAGGGAGAGGACAACGAAAUUGAACUCCGGGAGGGUGAAUUUGUUACCGACAUCGACCAAGUUGAUGCGGAUUGGUGGAUGGGCGUGAAUGCUCGUGGUGAGCAUGGCCUCUUCCCUGCCAACUACGUCGAGAUUGUGGAGGAUGAUCAGCAAGCCCAUGGACACUUGCAAGAGGCUGAACCUGAGCCGAAACUCGAGCCUACACCUGCUCCCGCUCCAGUCCUUGCCCCUGCCCCUGCCGCUGCCGCUGCCGCCCCUGCCCCUGCCCCCCAGCUCCGGGGGCCCGACUGCCAAGGCAAUUUAUGA